CAACCACCAGUCCACUCAUCAUCGCCAUCUCUUCUCUUGUUUUGCUCGCUCUAUACAUACCAGAGAGGUAGGUAGCUAGCUAGCUAGUGGUGAACGUACAAUAAUACAAUCAGCACAGCAAGACAGUAAUGGCGCAGCGGCAGGGAAGAGGCAGUGGUGCUGUGGCCCUUGCGGCGGCGGCGGCGGUGCUCCUCUGCGUGCUCCUUCAUGCCCACGUCGCGGAGUCGGCCGUGUUCACCGUCGGCGACCGUGGCGGCUGGAGCUUCAGCACCGGUACCUGGACUAACGGCAAGCGCUUCAAAGCUGGGGACGUCCUAGUGUUCAAGUACGACUCGACGGCGCACAACGUGGUGGUGGUGAACGCGGCCGGCUACAAAGGCUGCUCGGCGCCGCGGGGCGCCAAGGUGUACACGUCCGGCAACGACCGCGUCACGCUGGCCCGCGGCACCAACUACUUCAUCUGCAGCAUCCCCGGCCACUGCCAGUCCGGCAUGAAGAUCGCCGUCACCGCCGCCUGAGUCCUGACCGAUCGCGGCCGCCGCCGGCACGCCUGCUGCCGCGGGCUACAUACAUCUACCUAUCGACUGCCUGAUUGUCAGUUCGACUGGCUUGUAUCGACUCCCUGAUUGUUAUAUAUAUAUGAAUAAAACACACCAUCAUGAUUCGAUGUGUAAAGUAA